UAAUGUUAGAAUGCAUGCAUAUUUCAGCAAAACUCAUUUUUAUUCAUGCACACUCCUGGAUUUUAGGAGAUGGUUUUGGCCAACGUGCAGGAAAUCACCGUGCAGGAGAAAUAUCGCAUCCCCUUCAGAGGCUUUUUUAUCCCCCAGGUCUCCAUGACAACAAUUUGCAAUGGUGAAGAAUUCGAUAGCAGGGCGCUUGGAGGCUGAUUGGGGAGCAUUGUGAGGGGGCCUGGGGGUCGCUGAUUGGUUCAAGGAAAGCACCAUAACUACAAGGAGUUUAUAUUCAUUCAACUUGUUGAAGUGCUCCUAUACUGCAGCCUGGAGAGAAGUCUGUGCUUGCAAGGACUGUGGCUCCGAGAGAGUCUGGAUUCAUCCAGCACAGUGAUCUUGAUGGUGGACUACAAGCUCCAACAUGGACUGAUUUGAUCAAAAAAUCUUUUGCAGAAAUGGCAGACAGUGAGGUGAAGACGCUGCUGAAUUUUGUCAAUUUGGCAUCCAGCGAUAUCAAAGCGGCCCUGGACAAGUCGGCUCCGUGCAGACGCUCCGUGGAUCACAGGAAAUAUCUACAGAAACAACUGAAGCGUUUCUCUCAGAAGUACUCCAGAGUCCCGAGAUGCCACGCGCACAGGUCUGCAGAAUACGGGUGCGCCAAACCGGUGCUGGGGACUGUCCACCAGGGUGUGAAGGUCACAGAGAAGGUCACACCGGAUACGCAAUGCGUGGAGAAGGUGGAGAAGGAGCAGGUGCCUAUGAGGAAACGCCAACUACCGGCCUCGUUUUGGGAGGAACCUAAGUUGACCCAAACUAAGAGGGAGCACCCACAUUUAGGAUUGAAAAGGAACCCCGCAGGCGCAUCUGAGGGCGGUGAGAAUGAAAAGAGGAAAAGGAGUUAUGAUGAUGAUGAUGAUGAUGCGAAGGCCGCUCUGUCUGCGUCCAGUCGGCGCAGCUCUGCGGAUAAAGAGACGCUGAAACUGGACCUGACCUCUCACCACUGUGUGAGCAUGUGCGCCUGCUGUCCCUUCCAGUACCACGGACACCAGGUCCUCCACAGUCACAUCGUUGUCCCCCAUCCGCCCCUGGGACUGUGGAGCAAAGCAGCAGCAGAGACAGAGAGACCUGAGCAUCCUUAUGGACAGAAGAUUCACACGCACGUUGUGGUCAAACCCAUACCGACCAAACCCACCGUCCAGUCACCCAUCUUCAGUGUGUUUGGAUUCAUUUAACUACUACUACUAAUGGACCAGUCACACACACUCAAAUGUGUAAAUAGGACUAAUUAUUUUCAUUUUGUGUUCUUUAUCGUUCAACAUUUGUACAUAAGACACUUCCUCGAGCACUUAUUGGGAUGCUUCAUCUAUUUUUAUUGUUUGAAUCUAAAGGACUAAGUUGCACUUGCAGAAUAACGUCACCAUGUUCACUUUCAUGCCAGUUUGAUGCCUUCCAAGUAUGUGACAGUAAGUUAAAAGGUUUCUACUUUUAGGGCUCUGCAGAGAAUGACUGCUUUUUUUUCCAGUACCAAAAGUCAUGCAAAUGAAUGAGAGCAUCCUGUUUUAGUUUUCCCUUUCAACUAUGAGAAUAGAAUGUGGGCCAUAGAUUGCUCUUUCUUUGUCAAAGUAAUGUUUGAUAGGCACAUUUGAAACAAUGACUUUAUUUUUAAAUAAAUGAUUCAACUUCCCUCCA